AUUCAUUAUAAUCAUAAGCAACACAAGCGUCGGCUCUGCUGCCUCCCCUCCAACACGAGGUCAGUUGGCAAAGGGAACAUCUGCAAUUGGGGCGCCGCUGCACUUUAGGCCCCGGCGAUGGGAAGGUUGUCGUCGCUCGGAAAGCGGGUCGGGGAUAUGAGUUUCGUUGCCGGGGGUGGAGUCAUCAACUGGUUUCCGGGGCACAUGGCCGCUGCCACUCGGGCCAUUCGUGAUCGCCUGAAGCUCACCGAUCUCGUCAUCGAAGUUCGUGAUGCUCGAAUUCCUCUUUCAUCUACGAAUGAGGAUCUUCAGAAUCUCCUUUCCCGGAAGAGAAGAAUUGUUGCUCUAAACAAGAAGGAUUUGGCAAACCCCAAUAUAAUCCAUGCGACAGGGAUGAAGAAGGGGAGAGCGUGCGGCCUUGGAGCAAAGAGGAUGACAUAUGAGACUGAGCGUUCUCGUGCAGCUAUGGAUGGCCCUAGCUCGUUGCAGUCUUAG